UUCUCUCUUUCUUUUCUUUUCCAAGAAAAAAAAUUGGAAAAGAAAAUAUAGCUUCAAUAAAUGGUCAUGAAUAUAAAAAAAUUCUUCAAAAAGGAUAAUUCUUCUUACAACAAGGAAAAAUUGUUGCUACAUGAUGAAAAAAGAAAUGGAUGUUGUAUUUAUUUCAACAAUGUUCAAGAUUAUUAUAUUAAGAAAGUAAUUGAUAUGGGUAAAAAUGAUCCAAGAAAGAUUAUUUUUGCCUUAAAAAUGGGAUUUGCUUUAUUUGCUGUAUCUCUUCUUAUAUUUUGGAAGGAACCAUAUCCAGAUGUUGCUCAAUUCUCAAUAUGGGCAAUAUUAACAGUUCUUAUUAUGUUUGAGUUCACAAUAGGAGGAACGUUAAUUAAAGGAUUUAAUCGUGGCUUGGGAACAUUUUGUGCUGGAAUGCUUGCUUUCGUCUUUGCUCAAUUUGCAUUAUUGGCUGGAGAAUAUGAAAGAGUUGUAAUUGUUGUCAGCAUUUUUAUCGUAGCAUUUUUUGGAUCAUAUUUGAAGUUAUAUCCAACAAUGGCACCAUAUGAAUAUGGAUAUAGAGUAUUCAUCUUGACAUAUUGCAUACUUAUUGUAGCUGGCAACAGGACUAGGGAUUAUAAUGUGGCUAUUUUUACACGUUUAGCCCUAAUUGCUCUUGGUGCUGGUAUUAGUUUGUUGAUUAAUAUCAGUAUUUGUCCCAUUUGGGCUGGUGAAGAUUUGCAUCGUUUGGUUGUUAAGAAUUUCAUGGAUCUUGCAACUUCUUUAGAAGGAUGUAUUGAUGGGUACUUAAAUUGUGUUGAGCAUGAUGAAGCUACAAAUAAUUCGAAGUAUAAUGGGUACAAAUUUGUCAUAGAUUCCUCAAGUCGAGAGCAAACAUUGCUUGGAUUUGCUAUUUGGGAGCCACCUCAUGGGCGUUAUAAAAUGCACAAGAAUCCUUGGAAAGACUUUGUCAAAUUAAGCAGUGAAUUGAGGCAUUGUGCAUUCAUGGUCAUGGCAUUGCAUGGAUGUAUCCAAUCCAAAAUUCAGGCACCACCAGAAAAGAGGAAAGUUUUCCAAGAUGAGCUUAAAAAAGUUGGUGUUAAUGCAGCAAAAGUUCUACGUGAGUUAGGAACAAAAUUAGAAAAAUUAGAAACCCUAAGUGGUCACGAAAAUAUUUUAAAAGAAGUUCAUGAAACAGCGCAAAAUCUACAGAAAAAAAUCGAUCACAAGUCAUAUCUCUUGGUGAACGCGAAGAGCUGGGAAAUAGGAAAACCAAAUGUCAUUAACAAUCUUCUUGAAGAUCCAUCAAGCGAUCAAAAUAUGUCAUUAAGUUCACAAUCACUUAGUGAAACAGCAAUUGACAUGAGAUCAAUGCAUGCAAAUUGGCCACAAUAUGCAAAAGAUCAAUUGGUUACAAAGUCAUCAACAUUAUAUAAAAAGCAAAAUCAAUGGCCUUCAAGUUUUUCACUUAUUGGUGGUGAUCAAAAUGUUGAUACAAAUAAUGAUGCAAUAGAAACUUAUCUAAGUGCUAGUGCUUUAUCUUUGGCUACUUUUGCUUCACUUCUUAUUGAAUUUGUAGCAAGGUUACAAAAUGUGGUUGAUUAUUUUGAAGAAUUAAGUCAAAGGGCGGAGUUUAAAGAGCCCAUUAGUAUUAAGAGUUAAAGAAUUUACCCAAGUGUGUUGGCAAUAUAUGUGUUAUAUAAAUAUAUAUUGAAGUUAUUAGUUC